AUGCAUUUUGGUCAUCGCAGGGUGCGUGCUAGGGCAUUGUUCCAGACGUUGAUUGACGGCAGCAAAAGUUUGUCGUUCCUCGACACGCUGUCCUUGUCUGGCCGGUUUGCCGAGGGCUUCAGGUUGCAUGGUAUCCGCGCCGGAGACUGUGUGCUUGCGCUAAUCCCGAACACUGCUGACGCCCUGGUGGCCACCUGGGCACUCACGUUUAGCGGCGUCACUGUCGUCUUCCCCAAUUCCCAACGAACUGACAACGAACUUCAACAGCAAGUGGAAGAAAGUGGAGUGUCGUAUGUCCUUACGUCUUCUGCCCACCUCAACACUGUACGGAACAUCGACAAACACCAUAAAAUAAAGGCGGUAAUCUUGACAGAUCGGAUAGACGGCUACGUCUCCCUCCUGGACUUCUUCGUCCUUCCGUGCGCCGAUGUGGAAGCCUUGUCUCCUAGUAACACAAGAGAAGCCACUGCCGCCAUCGGAUACACGUCAGGAUCCACAGGAGCCCCCAAGGGUGUGGUCUUGACGCAUUACAGCUACAUCGCCAGCAUCUGCACGUUCAGGGCUACGGAAGCAGUGGAUGAAAAAGACGUGACCCUCAUCCCACGGCACCUGACUUUAAUCAGCUCUUCUCGCACCGCACUAACGUUCCUGUGCCUCGGAGCCACCACCGUGAUAGGGCAGCCUGGGAAACCGGUGGACUGGCUCAUCUCCGCCUUCAAGCAGCACAAGGUAUCCUUCAUUAUAGCGACGCCGCAGCUGCUGCAUCAACUAGCUGAUUGCGCCCUUCGCAAUCACGCUGUUGUACCGUCACUGCGCAAGGUGGUCUCGAUAGGCUAUGGCCUUCCGGCAAGUAUACGCGCCACUGUUAAGCGAGCCUUCACACUCACCUGGCUGGGGUCGUGCUACGGGCUGACCGAGGCCUGUGGCGUCGUCGCCGGCUUCCUCGAUGGACAGUUGGCCUCCAGCAUUCUAGGCUAUCCAGGGCCACUGGUGCAGAUGAAGUAUGCAGACGGCAAAAAUGUAGAUAAGUAG